AUGGAGCUCGCUGGACGGCUCCGAUUCGUUGCCACCGCCGUGAAGAAGAAGAAGAACCCUUGGCUCGACCCCUUCAACUGCGAAGAGGACCCCGACAUCGAGUACAGAUCCCUCUUCGCUGACGGAAAGCAGGAGGAGGACCCUCACCCUCCCGACAACCCCUCCAACCCCUACGGCUUCCUCAAGUUUCCCAUGGGAUUCAACGUCGAGCUCGCCUCACUCGCCUCCAAGGUCCGCGGUGACAUGUGCCUCUGCUGUUGCGUCAUCUCCGGCGGAGUCUACGAGAACCUCCUCUUCUUCCCCGUGAUCCAGCUUAUCAAGGAUAGGUACCCCGGCCUGCAGAUCGAUGUCGUUGCCUUGCCCAGGGGGAAGCAGGUGUACGAGGUGAACAAGAAUGUGAGGUGGGCGAAUGUGUAUGACCCCGACGAAGAUUUCCCGGAGCCGACGGAGUACGUCAACAUGAUCGGUCUGUUAAAGAAUCGAUACUAUGAUUUGAUCUUGUCGACCAAGCUUGCUGGACUUGGCCAUGCGGCAUUCCUGUUCAUGACAUCUGCUCGGGACAAAGUAAGCUACGUGUACCCUAAUGUCAAUGCAGCAAGCGCAGGCCUGCUGCUCAUAGAGACCUUCACUUCUCAAACCAUGAACCUCUCCGAACGUGGAUACCACAUGUAUGAUGAAAUGGAGGAAUGGUUAGGGAGACAAAGUUAA